AUGUUCCGGCGGGCCCGUCUCACCGUGCGACCCAAUGUGCGGCCCCCGGGCAGGGCCGCCGCCGCCGGCGCUGGCGGGGUGGACCCGGAGCCGCCGGAACCCCCAGGUUCGGACACCCCGGCGGCGGACGGAGCAGGGACCGCGGCGGAAUCGGCGGACGCGCGGCGGGCAGAGAGUGAUGACAAGGUGGACAAUACAAGUGGCACUGCGGAAGCUAGUAACCCUGCAGAGAUGCUUACACAGAGAAGAAAACGUAUCUCCACCAUGCCAAAUCUUGUCAAACCCAGAGCUGGACCGUCAUCUACUCAGCGUUCUGCAACAAAACCACAGAGGCGAACAUCACAAGCUUCUGAUGGCAGUGCUUCACUUCAGAAGGAUGCCUCCCCAUCAGAAAAGAGUAAUGUUGAAAGCUCUGUAAAGUCCCCUAUGCUUCCUGAGAAGAAAACACCUGUGCCACAAGUGCCACAGUUUUCACCGCUAAAAAAGUCUGCAAACAAAGAGCAAACUGUUGGUGUAGCUGCUCAGAAAAAUGAUGAUAGCUUGCAGAAGAAUGUACCCUCUCCUCUCAAGGAGAGACCAACACAGGAAAGAUCAAGAGCACAGGAGGAAAAGCUACCUGUGAAACCUUCUCCUGAGAAAGUCAGACGAACAUGUUCUGACCGCGAAAGGAUCCUCAAAGCUCGGAAAUUAAGAGAAAUGCUUAAAGAAGAGCUGAAGAAAGAGCGGAUGAAGUUGAAACACAGGCCCCCAGUAAUUGAAGGACGUUCUCCACCAGAUCGUUCUAAAAUGACCAUGAGAGACUUAAUAUACUAUCUGCCAGAAAACAAUCCUAUGAAGUCUUCAUUGGUAGAAGAAAAGAGAACAGAGAGAAGUUCUGCACUGAGUCAAAUGAAAGAACAGGAAGAGAAAAGUACUCAUCAUGAAGAAGAGGAGGAGGAGGAAGAAGAGAAUGGGGAAGAGAGUCAGGAUGGCCCACUUCUCGUUCCUCGUGUGAAAGUAGCAGAAGAUGGUUCCAUCAUUCUGGAUGAAGAAAGCUUAACUGUAGAAGUUCUAAGAACAAAAGGUCCAUGUGUUGUUGAAGAAAAUGAUCCCAUCUUUGAGCGUGGCUCUACAACUACAUAUUCUAGCUUCAGGAAAAGUUUUUACACGAAGCCAUGGUCAAAUAAAGAAACAGACAUGUUCUUUUUAGCUAUCAGUAUGGUAGGAACAGACUUCUCCUUGAUUGGGCGGCUGUUUCCUCACAGAGCCAGAGCAGAAAUUAAGAACAAGUUCAAACGUGAGGAAAAAGCUAAUGGAUGGAGAAUAGACAAAGCUUUCAAAGAAAAACGACCCUUUGAUUUUGAAUUCUUUGCCCAGCUGCUUGAGAAGGUCUUAGCAGAUGACGGAAAGAGGAAGCAAAAGACUGUUAAAAGCCAAAAGCCAAAAGAAAAAAAGUCUCCAAGGCCACAAAAGAAGUCAAAAGGAAAAGCUGCCAGCACAGAAGCUGCUAAUGAUCAAGAUGAACCUCAGGAAGAUGGAAUUUCUGAUGCAGAAACAGAAGCAGAUGGUGUGACAGCUGAGAAAGAAAAUGAGGAAUCUUUGAGCAUUUCUGAACGAGCAGAAGAGGUUGCAUUAGAGCCUGCAUUAGCAAAAAAGAAGAGAAAGAGGAAGAGAAAAGAUGAUCUUGAACAAGAAGUGGAGAAUAUUCCAGAAGAAGUGCCUGUUCCUUCAAAAACUGCUGAAGAAGGGAAGUCCUCUAAUAAAAGGAAAAGAGUGAUACAUGAUACAAGCAGUGAUGGUGAUACUACCUGUGGAGAAGAAGUGGAUUGUGCUACUGAAGGAAAGGAAAAGGAGACUGCUGUUAGAGAGGAAGAGAGAACAGAGUCCUGUUCACCAGUGAAUAAGCAAAUGGAGAGCAAAGGUGGAGUCAAUUUAUGCAGCCUUGAAGAUAGCAAUGAUGUUAUACUAGAAUCAGAACCUGCUAAAUUGAGAGCCAGAGAUAUUAGAGGUGGAGCAUCAGAAGAAAGCCAGAUUCCAGAGUUACCAGUUUCAAAUAUUAGAAGCAAGGAAACAGAAUGUGUAGAAACUACAGAAUCAAAGAGUGAAGAUACGCAUCACUCACAAAAACCAGAUGGAAAGCAGAGUGCAUCAGAAUGUGGUUCACAAUCUGAAAUCAUGAAAACUGAAAAGUCAGCAGAUAGAAGGCGCUUGCAAAGACCUAAACCAAAUUUAAUGAGAUCAUCUGGAAAGAGGGAGACAGCAACACAAGACAGAAUGGAAGCCAAAACUUCGUCUCCAACCCUUGCAAAUGCAGGUGAAAAGUUCCAGUGCUCUGAAGAGGAGAGUAGAAGAAAACAUAAUGAAGCCACAGAAGUAGAAAACAGGGAUUUGGAUACUGCAUCUCAAGAACCUGAAAAAACUGCAGUUGCAAAGACAAUAGUUAGAGGAUAUCGACAGAGAUUUAAACCUAAUGUUACAAGAGCAUCUGGAAGGAAAGAAGAGCCUGAAAAAGAUGAAGGAAAUGAUAAAAUAUCCCAUCUACAGCCUAGGGGAGAAACUGAGAAGAAUAAUGACCAAGGUAGUAGAUCUGAUGAUACCUGUGAAGAUACUGCAGAAAAAGAUGACAAAGUCCUGGAGACAGUGUCUCAGUCUAAUGAAACAGCUGGUUUAAAAGAAGAUAGCAAACGGAUUGUGUUGAAUCAAACACCUCUAAAAAGAGGUAGAAUACAGAGACCAAAACCAAAUCUAGGAAGAACUAUUGCAAGGCAAAAAGAGCUGAUAGAUGAAAAAGAUCCUGAAGAGGAGACAACAGAAGGUGGAGAAGCAGAAAAAGGUGUCACGCACCAUCGAGAUGAAAACAAUGAUCUCUGCCUCAAAAGUGAUUUAACAGUUCAUGAAGGCACUCAGCUAUCCAGUGUGACGUUAGAAGAUGUUUCUGCAGGUUCUGAGGUGAACUCAAAUACAAGACAGUGUUUCCAAGGAAAGUCCUCAGAAGCAGAAAGCAAUGAAAAUGAAAAGGGAUUGUCAGAGGUCUCCAAACCGGUUUCAGAUUCUAGUACAGGGGAAUCUCAUCCUCAGAAGGAAGAGGAGAAAACUGUUGUAUCAUCUGCUAGGCCACUGAGGAUGCGAUUCCAGAGACCAAAGCCAAAUUUAAGAGCAACUAGUAGAAAGGAAGUUCUGGAUGUAAAUAGUAAAAGUGCAUCGCAGAAAGAUACCAACAGGGAAGAAAGUUUGACGCAGUGUGAUAGUGAAUGUAGCAUCCCUCCUGACACAGAUAAAGCAGGAAAAUGUGAAGCCUUAAAUGCACUAGAAUCCUUGGGAAAGGAGAUGUCAGUUUGCUCUCAGGAGGUUUCUGAGAGGCCAAGUUGUAAGUCCCCAAAAACAUUUUCAAGAUCAGAGGAUAGUGGACUGGAGAUCUGCCUAUCUGAAAUUUGCCAAGAUGACAUUUCUACUACUAUUGCAGGCACUCAAGAAGAACAUCAAUGUGCACCUCUCCCACCUAUUCAGCUGGCACAGAACAAGAUGUAUAAGCCAAACUUGGUAAGAACUAUCGGAAAGGAGGAGUUACAAAUAUCAGAAAGUGAGAGCAAGAAAAAGCCAGAUGCAGAGCAAAAAGAUGAGUUUGACAAUACUGUCAUGGGUGAAAAUGAAGCUGUAUUGUGUCAAGCAGAUGUAUUGAGCAAAGAGGAACAGGAACAGCAAGAGGUGCCUCAGGUGCUCUCUAUUUCUGAAACCUUAUUGUCUGAACAAAGCAGUACUGAAAAACUUACCUCCCAAGAAGGCAGGCUAAGUGCUCUGAAACCAGGACAACUCGUAGUACAAAAACUUACUGCCCCAGGUGAAGAAGAAAUGAAUCAUGGAGAGAAUCUACCUGGGACAGAAGAAUCUGAAAACCUUCUCUCCUCAAAAGAUGACAUGGACAUAUUGUUACUUGUGGGAAAUUUGGCUGAGAAUGACGAUCUAGACAUAAAUUCAAGAAGCAUGACAUCAGAAACGCUUUAUUCUUCUAAAAAAUCACCAAAUUAUAACAGCAAAAGAGUGCAAGAAGAAUGUCUAUCUACAGAUGCUAUAGGAGGCGUUCAGGAUACCACAGAAAGGUCCAGUGAUAAAUUAAGUUCUGGAGAAGAAAGUGAACAGAGAGGAAGGGAACCCCAUUGGAACCCGACGCCAGACCGAAUGAGACUUACUAGGAAAAGAGAUUAUCCUGGAGAGUGUGAAAACAGAGAAGAGGACAGUACUGAGAGAAAUGAAGAGGUUUUGGUGUUAUUAGAAACAGGUGUAUCAGGGGAAAACUCCAGUAGUACAGUGGAAGCUGGAUCCUUCUCAGAGGCUACAAGGAAACACAGUUUUGCAGAGAAUGUUGAAGAAACAUCUCGUAAGAGAAUCAGGCUGGACAUUACACUCCAGUCUCCAGGGAUAUCAUCAGAGAGUGAGAAACACGUAGAGCAAGAUAAUGAUUCUCAGCUUUCUACCUCACAAGAAAAGUGUCCAGGCAGUCUCACAAGAAGGCAGUUCAGGAGAUCAUCAAAACAGAUGGCACUGCCAGAACACGUGUUGGAGGCAAAAACGGCUACUUCUUCUGCCUCUGAAUGUGAGGCUGAUUGCAGUGAGAAGGGGAUUCAAAGGCAAGAUGCUAAACUGAGUGUUACCAGAGACAGAAGUUUGAAAACUACACAGAGAAGAAAAUCUGAGAAGGAACCCAGAAGUUCAAAGAUAACCUUUGUUACCCUCCGGGCUUCUCAAGAGGAGGAGGAGGAUGAGGAGGCAGAUGAUUUUGAACUUGAUGAUGAAGAUGAAUGCUUUGCAUCAGAGGAAGUGAACAAGGCUCCAGUGUUUGUUCCUAUAGGGCUUCGAUCUCCAAAACCAAUUCCUAUGCAGAUACAGGAAACUGUGGAGGAGCUGGAAAUAUCUGUGAAUAUCCCAGAUGUGCAGGUGGCUACUGUUGCUGAAAGUCUUACUUGUUUUUCUAUCCAACCAGUAGUACAGAGGGAAGAAGAAAGCACCUCAACAACUGAAACAAUCAUACAUGAAAAUCCAGAUGUGGACAAAGGAAUUAACGAUGGAAGCACUGAAGCUGCCAUGACUUUACUUGCCAUGGGUGAUCCAAAUUUCCAGUUAAAAACAAGCACUGAAGAACAGACACGUAUAUUACCUGCUCAAGAUGACUUGGACAUGGCUCAUAGCCUUGUAAAUCAUGCCUACUCCAAAGAAUAUAGAACUUCUAGUCAGUAUUCGCUUUCUUCAGACACUUCAGUCAAGGAAUUGCUGCCUUCUGAGGAUGGAAACAACAUCAAUGUAGAGCAUCAAAUCACUGGCACAAGAACAGGGAUAGAAGAAUAUUCAGAGAUGGAUGCUACUGAUACCAGUGGUAGCUCUUUGCCUGUGGUGAGUAGUAUGAGACUGACAGGAGGUGGACACCUGGAGCCUGAGCCAACCUCUGCAAUAUUGAGGUCCAGUGAAAACAUAAUGCAGGAGAUAUUUAAUGCAAAUAUACUUGUGGAACAACUAGAGGAAAUUCAAUCUGAUCCUACAACCUUGAGGGGUAAUGCAGAAAUGAAGAAGGUGGAACCAGAGCCAGCCAGACAAGCUGCAGGUGGUUCUUCAGUUCUUCAUGACUUUGCAUCUGGAAGUAUGGAACUUAACAAGCAAGUAGACAAAAUUGAGAGAACAGAAGAGCAGAUAAGAGAUGCAUGUGGAAAUUCAGGAGAUUUAGGACAUCUAACUGCAUCACCAAAACCUGAAAAAUCACACCUUGGACAAGAAGAUUGUCCAAAUCAAAGUUCUGUGGAUGAACUGUCUGAGCAGAGUCCUUGUCCUCUUGAGCACCAUAUCUGUACAGUCAACUUUACUCAGAAUGAAGCUUGUACUCAGGAUGCUCAACGACAUUGCAUAAGCAGCAGAGAAGAAACUUCAGUAGUGAAUGAUGAUCAUAGAUGUCCAGAGGAAGAACAGACAUUCAUUUUAACAUUGGUGGAAAUCCCAGCUGGCUCAAAAGAGUUUGAUGCAUCUGCUAUGGUGGAACAAACUUCAGAACCAGUACUACCAGCCCCAAUACUUAUCAGCCCUGUAAAUGCAAGUGAAACAACUGUGACUGAAGUGGAGAGUAUUGGAUCCUUGACAACUGCAGCUGGUAAGGUUGCUGGACCUUUGAACAGCAGUAUGGAAACCAAACAACUAGAGAGUGGAGUAGACCCUGUUCCAAAGUUGCAGACAGCUCAAAAACAGUUGGCUGCUGAGCUUGAAGAGAAUGCUCCUUCCAAGAAAACUCCAUCUACUGUUACAGUGGAAAAUAGCCUGGAAACCACUUACAAGGGUUAUUCAAUUAAAUCCCCAGAUGUGCCAGUGGUAACUUCUGGGAAUCUUUUCCAAAAAACAGAGUCCUCAGCAAAGGAAAAAGUACUUACUUCUGUAUUGGUGUCUGAGUCUAUCUCACAACUGGCUGAGAAAAGCCAGCUUGAGACUUUGGAGAGCUUAGGGAAAGCACCACUUGAGAAUGCAGCAUCUGAAAUGGAAGAGGAUGUUAUGUCUAGAUUAACCUCUAACAGAAGAGCAGAAAUAAGUGGACAAGGAAAGCAAGAGAAUGUGCAUGAAUCUGCACAGUUGGAGCAAACUAGAAGCCCAGCAUCCUCUUCAAAAACUCCAUUACUCAGGGGUGGACGAAAACCAUUGGGAUUUUUAUCUUUAAUUUGCAAAAAAAGUAAUUCUGAAUCUGCAGAAGACACCAAAGGGAAUAGAGGGAAGAUCCAAAAGCCACGAAUUGUGACUCCAAAACGAAGUCUAAAGAAACCCACUCCGUCCACUAAGGAUGAGAGGGAAUCUUGUUCCUUUCCCUCUACUUCAUCAUCUGUAGAACAUGAACAUGUAGCUGCUGAUGCUACAGUUACGGUUCCAAGUAACAACUCACCUGAGAAGCCCCCUCUCUGUGCUAAAGAUCAAGAGAAGGAAGGAGAACCAACCAAAAUCUCUGAGUACUUUUUCAGUGACAUCUUUAUGGAAGUGGAUGAUUCAGAAUAGCAAAGGGUUUCAUAAAAACCUAGGAUCACAGAAUAUACUGCAGCAAGAAAAGAGUAUUUUAAAAGUUACAAUUCAUUCUGAUAUUCAUUAUGCCACACUUAUUGUCAGCCAGUAAUAACAGUAGCAGAUAAAAUAUCAGGAAAGUGAUCUCUUUAACAUUCAGGGGAAACUGAACAUUCUCCGAAAGUGAUGUAACAGAUUCAAAGCGGAAGAUGGAAAGCAAAGGCUGAAAAGCCUCAUCUCCUGCUGCUCCUUUAACAAACUGGGUGCGAUUACUAAUAAACCCCAAAACAUGCGACUGGAACUGGGAUGCGGGGUCGGACAAAGAAACCAUAAACCAAACGUCUUGAACAAGCUCCUCUACCUUUGGAAACUCCCUGUAAACUAUUAUCACUGAGCCCAGCACAAUAGCAACUCAAAUCUGUGCCCCUUCACUGUAAAAGCUACGUGUUAGGCACAAUACUGGAUCUAUCUCCAGAUAAGAAAGUAUGCCUAGGGACCAGAAAGGUAUUAAACCCUUAAAACAGCCUAGGGACCAGAGACAGGUGAAGGCCUCCAUCCAGAGAGAGAUGAAUUCAAUCAACAUGGCUACUGACUGCUUUAUCUCAAUGCAGAGUAAGUAGAACCAAAAUGCAAUCAGUACAGGAUUUUUCCCUUUCUCAAACCACAUGUUGGGCACUAAAAAAAAUGUAUUUGUCCUGGUUUAGGGCAAAUUUGAGAGGAAAUUUUCAGAGGGGUCCCUCUAGAAAGCAGAUUCAAGUGGCCCCUUCCCCAACUGGUUUGGAAAGAUUUUCUUGGAGAAAAGUGGAAAAAAUCCUGUUUAUUUAACAAGCAAAGUAUUCACAAGCAUAAAAAAAUGAACAAUACUAAAUAAUAACACCUGUUGCUGUUCUGAAGAGAUGGCAAAUUAAGAAAGUCCUUUCCUUGGAGUGUAACUCAGCUCACUCAGUCUAUUACCAGUUCCUCCUGUGCUGGAAAAUGCUGUGUCCUGGGCUUCAGUGGGCCACAGGUGUGAGGUGCCCAUGUUUUUCUGGGUUUUCAGUCCAGAAGAAGGCUGAUCAGUUCCCAAAAAAAAGAAAAGCCACAGUCCAGGGAACUUCUCUGCCUCAGCUAGCUAAAACCUAACUAAAAACAAAGGAAAGCUCUCACCUGCCAUCCGUCUGUUCUGGAGGCAACACAGUCUGCGAGAGAGAAUGCAGAGGAGCAAGUGCAGCUUCUGAUAACAAGCUCUGCACUUCUUCUCUUCCCCUUUGCUCUCGGAACCAGUCUUAAAGGUGCAAAACUUAAUAUCCAGCAUAAACAGAACAGAUGAUUUGGGAUACAAGCAUCAUAAAGUCACCCUAGGACACGUUAAUUAGUGCUGUGAAGAUGAAGUGGAUUCUUUCUGAAGCAACCCAGGAACUUUCAAAAUGCUGACAUAGUCUAAACCACUACAAUGAUGUCAUAGCACCAGACUACUUACUGACUGCCAGCUUAUGGUUUCACUUGUUUAGACACUGAUAGUGAGUGCAUGACUAUACUACAGAAAAGUGCAAUGAAAUAAUGUUUAAUCUCGCAACAAGUAUCCUUUUCCAUUUUAAUGCUAAAGCUUCUUAGUACUGACUAUUCAAGUUCUUUACUUCUUUUUGUGAAGUAUGUUACAUUAGAAGGAGGAAUUAACCUUUUGGGUAUAAUGUAAUAUCUGAAGAUCAGAAGGCAAAUACUGGAAGUGAUGUAGUAAAUACAUACAUACAUAUGUCAAGCACUUCAGGUGCUUUUGUUUGAAUCUCCAAAUUACACAUUUUUGUAAGAGUUUUUUAACCACAUAGUUUAAAAGAUUGUAGCAUGAAAAGCCCAGUAGGAUUGGUUCCUUAAAAAUUUGUUGAAAACUUAAAAAUGCAAUUUACUAAAAGAUGAUAACAAAAGGUUAAUGUUUGCAACCUUUUUUAUCACUUGCAGGAGGAGAUUGAUGUUUCCUAGUAUAAAUGCUAAUUUUCUUCUAAAUUGGAAAACAAAGCUAUAGAUACAAUUUCUUCUCCCUAUUUUUAUGUGUAGUUGUUUGUAUAUUUACUGACUUCCUCAGUUUCCGUUGUGCAAAGUAGCACAAAGAGAUUGGAUUAAACCAUGAUUAUAUAAUGUCACUUUUGAGGAUUUGCUGCUUUGAAGCACUUGAAUUAAAAGGGUUUUCUUAUGUGCAUGUCUGCUUGUACUGUAACUUGUCAUAAAAUUCUGAUUUAGCUUUAGAUUUUAGUUUAAGUUUUUAUUUACCUCAUCAAGAAAUUUGUCUGGGUGAGGUAAUUAGGUUUAUGCACUCUGGUUGCUGAAAGAGUCAAUAUUUAGUCUGAAACUCCUGCUUGCAGUAGUAGCUUGAGUAGUCUUAAAAUUUUUCCCAUUAAUUAAUACUUGCAGGUACUUUUUCAAAGCAAUUUAUUAUGAAGGUUAAACUGAUGUUUAAGUGGUGUUGUUAAUGCUCUCAAGAAACCUAUCAUCAGGUUUGGACUGGGUAAUCCUUUACUGGCAGGUAAAUAAUACAAAUAUGUAGUUAAUUUUGAAAUAGUCAAUGAAGUUUGAGAAUGUUUUUCUUUUCAGAAGUUGUUGGCAAAGCUUCUGAAGGAACCUUUAAACUAUUGUCAAAGAGGAGAAAUACAGAAGAAAGCUAAUGUUACUGCAAAUUGGUAUAUUAGCUCUGCCAGUGAAAUGUCACUAGCAGCAGUAUUCCUUGAGGUGAUGGAAAAGGGACUAGUGGUCUCAGUGUAGAGUAACUUACUUGAAAGCAUCUGAUCAACCCACUUCACCCCCCAAAAAACCCUCAAAAAUACAACCACAGUUUCUGUUCAGAUGGUAUCUUGUGCUUUGCCUAAUCCGUUUAACUUGAAAUGUUUAUCUAAGUUUUGUUCUACUGUAAACAUUAUGAAAGAGAUUCAUGUAUACAUGUAACUCUAUGUAUUGUAUAUCUUGUAGAUAUUAAGUAUGCAAGUGUUUACUUCCUGAUAUGUCUGGCAUGUUUAUAUCAAUUGCACUCAUAGAGCCUAAAAAUAGAUUCUUGGGGGAGUGGCUAUGAAAUAAUUGCUGUGAGUACCUUUUGAGUGAGUUCUGAGGGGAUAAUCAUUCUAUAUUCAGUUGCAUACAUUUUAGCUUGCAUUCAUGUUAUAAGGGGGAAAAAAUCAACUACUUCAUUACUAAGAUUUAUGGUGCCUUAUCUGCAUUGUUAAUUGGGGCUAUGCUUUCUUUUUUCUUGCAGCAAAUAACAUGCACUUUGAUAGAGAAUUUUUUUUUUAAGAACAAAUUUAAUUUGAAUAGAAAUAAGAGAAUUUUGUGUUUUGUGUAUGGAAGUUUUAUAAUGAUGAAGGAUGUAAGAAGAUACCAUUGAAAUCUCAAUAUGUAUGUGUAGCAUUUUUACAAAGAUGUGGCAUAAAACUGUUUUGCUUAGAGUUGUCUAACGCCUUGUAUCAUCACAUACAAGCUUUCUGUGUCAAAGGAAGUAGUCCUAUUCUUUAUGUAAAUUAUGUGAAUAAAUUAUUUUCUUUUA